AUGAAGGGCGGUCAUGUGAAGCGAGAGCUGGCGAAGGUCGCCGACCAUUGGUGCCACAGGACUCUGGCGGCAGCUGUUGGGGCCGAUGUGGUCUCGUACAAGCUGCUGAGAGAUAUGGCAUUGGAAGCCCAACGUAUUUUCCUGGCCAAGGCCAAGGAGACCGCGAAGAGCGACGGCUUCACGGCGGCCACGUUCUUGCGAACGGCGUUGCCCAAGACGCGCGAGGCUUGGAGAGCCUUGCUGGUGGAUAUUCAGGGAAACAUUGCCGAUGACUCCUGGAAGCAGUGGCUGGACUCCUGGGAAACACCCAGCCUCUAG